GAGAGACAGAGAGAGAGAGAGAAGCGCAGCACAAGUCUGGAAAACCUGUAACCGGUUAGAAGGUCAGCACUGAGAGAUAUGAGCUUAGAGUCCAUUAGUGGAUUAUAACCACUCCACGGCCUUCGCAUCUCUCUUGGAUUAGAGAAAGAGAGAGAGAGAGAGAGGCCGAGUGUGAGAGGGUCUGUGAAGCAAAUGAAUGGAGCCGGUUCAAAGGCAGAACGCAGCAUCCGAGCGCUGAGGAGGAGCCGGAGCGGAGACGGAGCUUUGAGCCGGGACGACCUCUAGGACGCGACACCUGGCGGACGGUCAAGAGCUUCAGCAUGGACGUGGACCUGGAGGGGAUUAUCCGGUGCAUCAAGCAGGGGGACGAGAACGGUGUUCAGACGCGGCUGCAGGAGUUCAACAAGGAGUUCGCCCAGUGCUUCUUCUUCGAUGCAGAGGAGAGGGAGCGGAGGAAGCAAAGAAAACUGGAAGAGUUCAGGAAGAAUAAGGUCCGGGAGUUGGUGGACUCGGACUCGGACUGUGAUGAGUGUGAGCAGCAGGACCGGGGCCUCAUCCUCAGACAGAACUUAGCCGUGGUUCUGCUGAGGUUCAUAAGAACCGGGCCUGCAUCCCGCCUGCUCCGAGGAUGCCUGCGCGCCCUGAGGAUCCUGUCCAGGGACAAGAAGGUUCUGGGCCCGAUGGUGACCGACAGCGCUCUGCUGACUCUGGCCCACUUAGCCGGGCUGACGGCGGGCGGCGCCGGCGCCGAGGCCGCCGACCCCGACUCGGAUUUCUACGACAACAUCAUUGCGUCUCUGGCUGAGGCCAAAGUGUGGCGGCGCCGCGCCGACGAGGGCCAGGGGGACGGCGACGAUGCCGCCGCCGGGCCGACCGAGGGCCCCCCCGCCUUUGAGGAGGACGCCGGGAGCGACAGGACCAGCAUCAACGAAAUGCACCACCGAGCGCUGGAGCGGGGACGGAAGGACCGCAGGGAGAGCAAGAUGGAGGGGGAGGAGGGGGAGGGGGAGGAGGGGGGGGAGGAGGCCCUGAGGAAAGAGGCCCUGAAGGUGCUGUGCAACGUGGUGUACAACAGCACCUGGGCCCAGGAGCGGUUCCGGGCUCUCAGCCUCCUGUCGGGUCUCGCGGAGCGCCUGUCCUCCGCCGCCAGCGGCUCCCCGUCCUCCAGCGCUCAGUUCUACGAGCUGCGCCUCGCGUUCCUCGUCACCGCCCUGCAGCCCGAGCUCAGCGCGCAGCUGGAGCAGGCGCGAGGCGUGUCCGUCCUCACCGCCGUGUUGGAGCGCUGCCUGGAGGUCCAGUGGAAGGAGCGGCACGAGUGCAGGCUGGACCCGGCGGCACCGCCCAUCUCCCUGGAUGCCUCGCAGCGAAUCACGGAGGCCCUCAAAAUCCUCUUUAACAUCACCUGCAGCAGCCACAGGCAGGAGCCGAGCGAGGAUGCGGCGGCGCUUUACCGCCGCCUGGCGGCCAUCCUGCGUCUCUGCCUCAUGAGAAAGUGCACGUUGCCUGAAGACACCGACGAGCUGCAGGGACACGCGGUCAACCUGCUGUCCGCGCUGCCGCUCCAGUGCCUCGACGUGCUGCUCGCCGCGUCCGCGGGGCCCGACUCGGAGCAGUGGCGCGGGGUCAACAUGGACUGCGUCCGCACGCUGCUCGCGUUCAUGGAGCGGCGCCUCGAGUCGGGCGACCGGAUGAAAGUGAAGCUGACGCCGAUCCUCAACCUGCUGACGGAGAGCUGCAGAGCCCACCGAGAAACGCGCCAGUACAUCCGGAAGCGUAUCCUGCCUCCUCUGAGGGACGUGUCGCAGAGGCCGGAGGACGGCACCACCGUGAAGAACCGCCUGAUCCGCCUCAUGACUCACCUGGACACGGACCUCAAACACUGCGCAGCCGAUUUCAUCUUCGUCCUGUGCAAGGAAAACGUGAGGCGCUUUGUCAAGUACACGGGCUACGGCAACGCGGCGGGUCUGCUGGCUACCAGGGGCCUGCUGGGGGGCCAGGGGCUGCGGACCCCCAACUCCGACGUGCGCUACUCCAGCGACUCGGACUCGGACACCGAGGAGUACCUGCGGGCGAAGGACCGCAUCAACCUGGUGACGGGGCGCGUGGAGGCGGAGCAGCCCGACCCCAUGGAGGGCAUGACGGAGGAGGAGAAGGAGGAGGAGGCCCAGAGGCUGAUCGUGCUCUUCAACAAGCUGUCCAGGGACAACAUCAUCCAGCCGAUGGGAGUGGAUUCCGAAGGGAAGCUGGUGCCGAUGAUGGGACUGAGGGCGAACUUCCUCGCCGAGGAGGGAAAGUCCGAGUCAGAGAACGACGGAGAAGAAGAAGGAGAGGGGAACUGA